AUCGGUUAGCCAAAGCGAGGCCUAAAAGUGACGCACUUCCGCGAUCGCCUUGAGUGACCGACACUGCGACCAACGGAGGCGGUGGGAUAAAAGGAAGAAACGAUGGCGGCACCGCCACCAGCGCAGCCGGCGCCGCAGGCUCCGCAAGCGCCUACGGCCGGCGUUUCCGGCCCGGGAUCAGCGGGUGCCUCGGUUCCGGGGCCUCCGCAGGCUCAGGCGCCGCAGCAGCAGCAGCAGCAGCCUCCCUCGGCACAGCUUGUAGCGGCCUCACAGAUCCAGGCGGCGCAGAGCGGCCUCCUGCAACAGCAGCAACAGGACUUCGACCCUGUGCAGCGUUACAAGCUGCUGAUUCCUCAGCUCAAAGAGAGCCUACAGAACCUGAUGAAGGUGGCGGCCCAGAACCUGGUGCAGAAUACCAACAUCGACAAUGGCCAGAAGAGCAGCGAGGGCGGGCUGCAGCGCUUCGACAAGAGCCUGGAAGAGUUCUAUGCGCUCUGUGACCAGCUGGAGCUGUGCCUGCGCCUGGCCUAUGAGUGUUUGUCCCAAAGCUAUGACAGCGCCAAGCACUCCCCGACGCUGGUGCCCACGGCCACCAAGCCCGAUGCGGUGCAGGCAGAGAGCCUGCCCUACCCGCAGUACCUGAGCGUGAUCAAAGCCCAGAUCGGCUGUGCCAAGGACAUCCACAACGCCUUGCUGGAGUGCUCCAACAAGGUCACGGGCAAGCUGCCAGCCGCGGGAGGGCUCUGACCCAGGACACCCACGGCAUGCUGCAGCGGCCCCCAACGGCUUUCGGGGAGGCCUGGGCUGCUGGGGUGGGGGUGGAGGACAGGGAUUUAAAGGACGGGGUUUGACCUUUUUCUUUUUUAAUUAAAGGUUCCUAAGUUUCG